AUGUGCACCCCACUGCACCACAGCUCAUUCCAAGCGCACCGUACUGCACCAAAUUCCAAGCGCACUGCACUGCACGGCACCUCAUUCCAUGCGCACCGCACGCUCAUUCCACUCGCACGGCACCGCACCACACUGCUCCCCAUUCCACGCACACAGCACUGCACAACCCCCCCCAACCCACCCCCCCCCCCACCCGCCCCCCCCUCUCCUUCCCCCCCUUUCUUCCCUCCCGCUCACCCCGCUCCCCCCUGCCAAACCAAUCUGCAAGGCGGGCAGCAGCCCAUCACAGCCCCCGCCAAGCUGCUCGUCCCCACCAACGUGGGUCACUGGCAAUACCUAGCGCACUGGACCGCCCUCUCCCCCACGCACCAGCGCCGGUUACUGCGUUACCACAUCCUCCCCGGCCGCUACACCGCGCAGCAGCUCCUGGACGCCCCGCAGCUCACCCUCUUCCCCACCUUCAACCACCGCCUGCCGCUAAACAGAACGCUUAAGCCGGAAGAAGUGUAUUUCCAGUCAGUUCCUCCGAUGAAAUCCGCGUCACCGCUAAGUGUGCCGGAUGCGGGGCUGACGGCGCACCUGGCUGCGCACGGGGUGACGUUUGUGCUAGAGCCACCCAACCUGGAGUGUACCACCGUCGCGUGCAACAGCAAGGCUGAGAGCACGUCACACAUGGGUUAG